AUGGAGCUCGCGCCCCUGCUCCUUCUCACCCAGCUGCUGCUGCUUCCGGGGGUGGCGGUUGUCUUGGGCGAGCCUGCCGUGCACCCAGGCUACACGCACGCUGAGGAGGCAUGCGGCGGCGUGGCAUGGGCAGAGGCAGCAACGGUGCUGGUGGUGCCGGCGCCGGAGCGGCGCGAGGAGUUCGACGGCGGCCAGAUUGUGGACAUCAGCCACUACUACCGCGAGGACAUGCCAGGGUGGGAGUCGUCGGAGGGCACGGGCGAGUUCCUGCAGCUCACGUGGUCCAUGCGCAACGGCUCCGACAUCGCCAACUUCUCAGAGCUCCGGCUCACCGCGCACUCCGGCACCCACGUCGACGCGCCGGGACACGUCUUCGAGCACUACUACGACGCCGGCUUCGACAUCGACACGCUCGACCUCGCCGCCCUCAACGGGCCAGCGCUGUUGGUUGACGUUCCCAGAGAUAAGAACAUCACAGGGCCAAAAUUUGUGUCAAUUGUCGAAUGUGUUAAAACACCAUACUUUUUAUGCCGAAAGCUUAUGUGGAAGAAAGAAUUUGAUACAAGUUAUGUUGGCUUCAUGAAGGAUGGUGCACAAUGGUUGGUUGAUAAUACCGACAUCAAACUAGUUGGAGUUGACUACUUGUCGGUGGGCGCAUUUGAUGAAUGCAUUCCAGCUCAUUUGGUAUUUCUUGAAAAAAGGGAGGUCAUCCUUGUGGAAGCCUUAAAUCUGGAGCAUGUUAGCCCUGGCAUAUACACCUUGCAUUGCUUGCCACUAAGAUUGCGGGGUGCUGAAGGUUCUCCUGCAAGAUGCAUCCUCAUCAAGUGA